AUGUUUUUUUUAAUCAUUUGCUUUAUCGUCCUUUUUCUUUUAUCAAAAAUUUUUGAAAAAGCACUUGUUCUAGAUAUAGACUUAGGAGAAAACAAAGAUCUUGAAACUGGAAAUGACGUUGAAGAAAUGUUUGAUACAGUUAUCUCCCUUGUUCAAGAGAACAACAAGACGUUAGAGUGGGUAGCAAACAACAUGGUAUAUUCUGAACCUGGAGAAGUGACUGACUUGAUCGAAGAGUUGAAUGACCUUAUAAAUGAGCAACGAGAUUCAAUCAAAAAAAUCAAACCUUUACCUCCUCACGUGCAUUCAAGUUUACUAGAACAGAGGAGUCCUCGCUAUGCUUCAGACAAUGAAGAAGAUUUGGUAGUGUUAGAAGAAAAGAAAGAAAACCUAGAUGAUGAUGGAGAAUUAAAGACCACUAUUAUUGAUAACUAUAUA